AUGGCUGAAGCCAGUGGUUUGAAUGGAGCAGUAUUACCACCGAAUACCUCUGCGAAGUCAAAGGGGUCGGGACUGCUUGGGAAGCUGAGCGUCUCUGUGCAGCUGGUGAUCGCUCUGGUUGCUCUCCUCUCAUGGAUAGGUGUGGGCGUAGUGAUGUUUGACUUUGUGGAGUACAAGGCAAUCCCUGACAUUCAAGAAAUCAUUUUGGAUCCCAUGCAAGCUGUAAAUGAUGCUGCGGAUGAAGUAUCCAGCCUGCUCAACAAGGUUCAAGAAUGCUCACCCGAUUUAAACGACCCGAUGUCAGUGGCCGGUUAUGUGGCUGAAGAAAUAACCGAAGCAAAAGAUGUCUUUGUUCGCUACUUUUCUGAUGAGGGAGGAAACUUCUACCUUAGUUAUGUUGACCCUGUGGUCAUCGGGAGAGAAAUCUUCCAUUCUACCAAUGACUUCAUAUGUGGAGUGGUGGGAUCCUUCAGAGACAUGCUUUGUGCCAUCUUGGAUACCGUACUGGACACUGUUUUCGAUACACAUAAAGGAGAGAUUGAUCUUAGUCCCAUUGACCCUGUGGUAAUAGGACGAGGGGUCUUCGACAUUACUAAUGACUUUAUUAGUGGAGCGGUGGGCUACAUCCAGGACGUGCUCUGUGCUAUCGUGGACACCAUUCUGGAUGUAGUCAAAGGAACUACAGACAUCAGCUAUAUGGACCCGGUGCUCAUUGGCCGUGGUGUCUUUAGUGUUGUUAAUGAAUCCGUCAGUGGAUUAGUGGGCUAUGUCUGCAAUGGACUGUGUGGCAUCAUAAAUACUGUCCUGGACAUAGCAAAAGGAACCACUGACGUUAGGUUUAUUGACCCCGUGGUCAUUGGCAGAGACGUCUUCAGUGUUACUAACGACUUUGUGAGUGGAAUAGCUGGCUACAUCUGUGAUGUGCUCUGUGCUGUCUGUGACACAAUACUGGAUACUGCAAAAGGUGUCCAGGACGCUGUGGGAUUCAGCCCCGUGACGGUUCUCAGCAGAUUAGUGGAUUUCAUCACUGAGCAGAUGAACAUGCUCGUGGGCUACUUCUCCAGCUUGCUGUUUGGCGAACAAGGGAUAAUUCCUGAUGUGACCAUUGAUCCUAUGCAAGUGGUCACAGACGCCAUCGUGGAGAUGACGGACAAGAAAGACUUGUUCCUGGGUUACAUGUCCAGCAUGAUUGUUGGUGAUCAAGCGACAGAUGACAACGUGGAAGACACAGAACAGGAGCCAUCAUUGUAUGAUGAGGAAAUCUCUGAUGCUGACAGUCAGACGGAGGACAGAGAGGAAAAGGCAGAAGGAGUAGUAGAAGAAGAGGAGGAAUUUAAAUCAGAGGAGGAAUCAGUAGAAGAAGAAAAGGAUGAGGAGUCAACAUCAGAGGAGGGAACAGAAGAUGAAAAAGAGGACAGGUUAACAUCAGACGAGGAAGAAGAAAAGGAGGUGGAGUUAACACCAGAGCAAAAGGAGGAGGAAGAGCUUAAAUCAGAGGAGAAAGCAGUAGAAGAAGAAAAGGAUGAGGAGUCAAUAUCAGAGGAGGGAGCAGUAGAAGAUGAAAAAGAAGAGGAGUUAACAUUAGAGGAGGAAGAAGUAGAAGAAGAAAAGGAGGCAGUGUUAACAUCAGAUGAAGAGGAAGAAGUAGAAGAAAAAAAGGAGGCAGUGUUAACAUCAGAUGAAGAGGAAGAAGUAGAAGAAGAAAAGGAGGACGAGUCAACAUCUAAGGAGGAAGAAAAAGAAAAGGAAGAGGUGUUAACAUCAGUGGAGCAGGUAGCAGAAGAAGAGGCCUUAAAACCAGGGAUGGAGGUAGCAGAAGAAGAGGAGGAGGAGUUAACACCAAGGGAGGAAUUAAUAGAAAAAGAAGAACAGUUAAAAUCAGAGGAAGUUGUAGAAGAAGAGGAGAUGGAAAAAGAAGAACAUGAUCAAACCAGAUAUGAUGAUGCCAGCGAUGACAGUCAUGAAGAAGAGGGCGAUGAGGAAGAGCAAGAGGAGGGUCAGGAGAUCAAGGAGAGAGAUUCUCAUUUUGUUCUAGAUGAAGAUGAUGGUGAACAUGACGAUGAUGAAGAUAAAGAUCUUGACAUUAGCGAAGAGAAAGAGAACAUCAAGCUGGCUGAGACUGGCAUAAGAGUUCAAGACAUAAAAGUUGUCCAAGUAGACCAAGAAGAAGAAACGGAGGACAAUAGGGUUGUGCAUGAUGAUGAAGAGAAAGAAAAACAGGACGAGGAUGAUGAUGAGAAGGAGAUCAAGAUAGAGUGGGACAUGGAGGAAGAAGAGGUGGAGAGGGAAGAUGUAGAGGAGGAGCUUGUGGAGAAGAAGGAGGAGGAAGAGGACAAAGAGGAAAGGGAUGAAAGGGAACCAUCAGUCAAACAACUUGCUCUUGAAAUUCUGGCAGCAGAAGAGUUUGAUUUCAACAAUGUCAGGUCUGAAACUCAUCUUGACAACGAGAAACCAUCAACAACUUUAUCACCUGACUCAGAUGAUGAUGAUGAUCUGUCUGACAUCAUUUAUGAUGAUGAUGAAAACAACAACAACAACAGCGAGAGCAAAAAAACUGAUCAUAACCGACGGAGAAAGGUUCAUAUUCCCUUUGAGAGGGUCAGACGGAUGGGAUCCAGGGCUGGCCUCAAACAAGAAGACCCAUUCAAGAGCAAAGACGAACAAGCCAUUCAGGACCACAGAGAACUCAAGGCCACCGAAACUAAAAAAGAGGAAAAGGAGGAACAAGGCAAAACUGAGAAAAAAGUAAUGAAAAAAGAUAAAGAGCAGCAGCCAGAGAAGAGCAAACCUGAGACAGAACCCAUUGUGAAGAAAACAGAGAAGCCACAACCCAAAGAAGACACCAAAAGGGGAAGAGAACUUAAGCCUUCUAAAGACAAGAAACCUUCAAAAGAGGAGUUGGAAUUAAAGGAAGAGGCAAAACUUCUGAAGAAGAAAGACACUCUGAAAAUUAAAAAAGCAGAAGGACCCAAGAAAAAGCCUGCCAAAGAGAAGAAAGAGAUGAAGAAAGAGGUUGAACCUCCUAAGGAAAAAGAUGCCAAAAAGCCAGGUAUCACAUUCACAGAUGUUGUCUAUGAGAAACAAGAAAAAGAACCAAAGAAGGAAAAAGAACCAAAGAAGCCCUCUAGAGAGGACGAAGAGAAGAAAAAGGCUAAACCUAUAAAUAAAGAUACUAAAAGGACAGAGGAGAAGCCUCACAAGAGACCCUCCAAAGAAGAAAAAGAGGCUACAUUUCUGAAGAAGAGAGACACUCAUGAACCAGAAAAGAAAGAUGAAGAACCAGACAUACCUUUCACAGAAGACAAAGAAGUAAAGAGGCCUUCUAGAGAGAAAGAAGGACUCAGGAAGCCUUCUAAAAAAGAUGAAGAGUCAAACAAACCUAUCAAAGAGGAGAGAGAACUCAAGGCAAAAGUACUGAAGAAACCUUCUAAAGAAAAGAAGGAACCAGCAAAGCCUCAAAAAGAGGAGGAAGAGCUGGAGGAGCCUAUAACACAAGAAAAAGAUGCAAUUAAACCUUCUAAAGAAGAGCAUGAACUAAAGAAACCUUCUGUAGAUGAGAAAGAACAAAAGAAGCAUUCUAAAGAGGAAAAGGAACUUAAAAAGCCUUCUAAGGAGGUGAAAGAUCUAAAGAAAACUAAAGAAGAGAAAGAAACAACAAAGCCUUCUAAAGAAGAAAAAGAAUUAAAAAAGCCUUUGAAAGAGGAGAAAGAACCAAAGAAGCUUUCUAAAGAAGAAAAAGAACUAAAGAAGCCUUUGAAAGAGGAGAAAGAACCAAAGAAACCUUCUAAAGAAGAGAAAGAAGUAAAGAAACCCUCUAAGGAAGAGACCAAACCAAAGAGGCCUUCUAAAGAGAAGGAACCACAUAAGCUUUCUAAAGAAGAGAAAGAACUAAAGAAACCCUUCAAAGAAGAAAAAGAACCAAAGACACGUUCUAAAGAGGAGCAAGAACCAAAGAAGUCUACAAAAGAAGAGAAAGAUCUAACAAAACAUUCUAAAGAGGAGACAGAACACACAAAACCUUUUAAAGAGGAUAAAGCUAUAAGGAAACCGUCUAAAGAGGAGAAAGAGCCAGCAAAACCUUCUAAAGAGGAGAAAGAACAAAUGAAGCCUUCUAAAGACGAGAAAGAACCAAAGGAGCCCUCUAAAGAAGAAAAACAAUUAAAGAAACCUUCUAAAGAGGAGAAGGCACCAAAGAAGCCUUCAAAAGAAGAGAAAGAACCAAAAAAGAAAGAAGAAAAACAACUAAAGAAACCUUCUAAAGAGAAGAAAGAACCAAAGAAGCCUUCAAAAGAGGAGAGAGAGCUAACGAAACCUUCUAAAGAGGAGAAAGAACCAACAAAACCUCCAAAAGAGGAGAAAGAACCAACAAAACCUAAAGAGGAGAAAGAUCUAAAGAAACCUUCUAAAGAGGAGCAAGAACCAACAAAACCUUCUAAAGAGGAGAAAGAGCCAAAGAAACCUUUAAAGGAAGAGAAAGAUCUAACGAAACAUUCUAAAGAGGAGAAAGAACCAACAAAACCUUCCAAAGAGGAGAAAGAACCAACAAAACCUAAAGAGGAGAAAGAUCUAAAGAAACCUUCUAAAGAGGAGCAAGAACUAACAAAACCUUCUAAAGAGGAGAAAGAACCAACAAAACCUCCAAAAGAGGAGAAAAAACCAUCAAAACCUUCUAAAGAGGAGAAAGAGCCAAAGAAACCAUUAAAGGAAGAGAAAGAUCUAACAAAACCUUCCAAAGAGGAGAAAGAACCAACAAAACCUAAAGAGGAGAAAGAUCUAAAGAAACCUUCUAAAGAGGAGAAAGAACCAACAAAACCUUCUAAAGAGGAGAAAAUGCCAAAGAAACCUUCAAAGGAAGAAAAAACUCUAAUGAAACCUUCCACAGAGGAGAAAGAACUGAAAAAGCCUUCUAAAGAGGGAAAAGAACUGGAGGAGCUUACAAAAGAAGCAAAAGAACCAGGGAAACCUCCUACAGUGGAGAAAGAAUUAAAGAAACCUUCUAAAACAAUGAAGGAACCAGAGAAGCCUUCCAAAGACAAGAAAGAUAUGGAGGAGCCUACCAAACAAGUAAAAGAACAAAUUAAACCUUCUACAGAGGAAAAAGAUCAUAAGAAGCCUUCUAAAAAGGAAAAGGAAACAAAGGAGCUUUCUAAAGAGGAGAAGGAAGUGAAGAAGCCCAAAAAAGAAGAUGGCAAGAAGCCCUCUAGAGAAGAAAUAAAACCAACAAAGCCCACUAAAGAUGAGACACAUGAGAAAAAAAUUAGGCCCUCUAAACAGGCAAAAGAAUCAAUGAAACCUUUCACAGAAGAGAAAGAAAUCAAGAAGCCUACAAAAGUAGAGGAAGAACAUACAAAGGCUCUGCAUGAUGAAAAAAAGCAGAAGCCCUCUAAAGAGGUAAAGAAGCCACACAAAGAAGAGAAAGAACCGAAAAAGCCUGAAGAGUCAAAGACAGUCGAAACAAUUCCAAAAGAAGAAAAAGAGCAAAAAAAGCCGUCUAAACAGGAGAUAAAAUUGGAGGAGCCUUCCCAGCAGGAAAAGGAACCAAAGAAGCCUUCUGAAGAGAAAGAAGUGAAGAAACGCCCAAUAGGCGAGAAGGAACAGAGGACACCUUCCAAAGAAAAAGAACGAAAGGGGCCCUCUAAACAAGAGAAAGAAACAGUGAAACCUCCCAAAGAGGAGAAAGAAGUCGCUCACCAAAAAGACAAGGAGCUAACGAAGCCUUCCAAAGAAACAAAGGAACUAGAGAAACUUAGUGAAGAGAUAGAACUACCAAAACCUUCUAAAGAGGACAAGGAACUUAGGAAGCCUUCCAAAGAAAUGACAGAACGAAGGAAGACUCCUAAGGAAGAGAGAGAGCCAACAAAACCCUUUAAAGAGGUGAAAGAAGUCAAGAUGUCUAUCAAAGACGAGAGGGUAUCAAAGGAGACUGAACCUUUAAAGAGGAAAGACAUCAAGACAGAAGAACCUAAGGAGAAGCCUUCUAAAGACAAGGUGAAGAAAGACACUCUUAAAAAGGACAUAGUUAAGGAUAAAAAGACAGAUGAUGAACCCAAGGCGCCUGUGAAGGAGGUCAAAGUUGUCAAGAAAGAGAUGGUUUCCAUCCUUAAAAAGGCACACCUUAAUGUUACGAAAGCAGAGGAAACAAAGAAGAAACAUGCCGAAGAGGUGAAGAAGGAAAAGAGAGUGGAGCUGCCCGACAAAAGAGCCACUGUUAAAAAAGCAGAUGACAAAGCCAAGACACCCAUGAAGGCAGUGAGAGGUGUUAGAGAGGAAGCUGUCUCUGUCCUGAGGAAGGCACGUCUAGAUGUUACUAAGACAGCUGUGGAAGCACUCAAACAGUCAAAGGAGCUUAAGGAGAAAACCAAACCUGAGCCUCCAAAGAAAGAGGCUCCCAAGGAGAAAGCCAAAGCAGCCCCUGCUAAGAAAGAGCCUGAGAGCGCUCACAGAAACGCUUCUCUGGUGAAAGAGAAGAUCAAAAUAGUUCCAAUGAGGAGAGAAACUAAGGUGCCAAAGGAGAAAGCCAAAGCAGCACCUGCAAAGAAAGAACCUGAGGCUGCUAAAGAGAAGUCCAAGCCAACUCCAUCAAAGAGAGAGGCCGAGGUUCUCAAAGAGAGGGUCAAACAGACACCUUUGAAAGAAGAACUGGAGACUCCUAAACAGAAGGUCAAACUUGCUGCAGUGAAGAAAGAAAAAACUAUCGAGAAGAAAACCACCAAAGAAGCGAAAGCCAAAGCAGAGCCAGUCAUAACAGACAGCUAUAUCAUGGAAGAUGAGAUGCCCUAUUUCCAGUGCUUCUUCGUCGAUGAGGAUGAGGCCCAGUUUCCAUUUUAUGCCUUCUCGCCACUGCAGAUGUGA